GUUUUAUUUGCAAGAAUUUUAAUUGCGUUCAUUUGGUUUAUUUGCGCUGUAAAAAUGCCACAAAGUAAAUUUAAAAAAGAUAAAUUACCUGCUGCCAUACAGAACAAGAAUAAACAGGCAGCGUUCAGACGCAGAGCAAGUGAGUGGCGCAGUUUGGCAAAGCGCGGGAAUAGUCUUAUAUGAAAAACAGAUCGGGCUACUACAUCAGAUGACUACUGAAGAACUAACAAACGUUUGAAAAUAGAGCGCAUUUUUUAAACAAUUGUAAACCUUACGUUUACUGAUUUAAUUAGAAAUUAUUUGCUGAGCUUAAAUCAGGAGCACUACUGAGGGUUAAAGGAAUAUAACAGUUGAUGUUAUUACGUUAACAUGCUCAUUUUUGCGUUAACAGACGAAUCAGACAAACUAUUGACCGACCUCCACAACAUAUCGGGCAUCAGCUGGUAGAAAUUUCCUAAACGUGCUUUUUGUGCAAGAACUUAAAUUGCUUAUAUUUAGUUUAUUAUAACUAUAAAAAUGCCUCAAGGUAAAUUUAAAAAAGCCAAAUUACCUGCUGCCAUACAGAACAAGAAGAAGCAGCAGAAACAAGCAGCGUUCACACGCAGAGCAAAUGCUCCUAUACAAGCCAAGAAGGGAAAAUUUAAUGAAACGCAAAAAAUCAAGGCGGUCAUUUCCAAAUCUGUUAACAAAAGCGUCGAAAGCGAGCUGCGUUCGCGUGCACAUGAAGGAUAUAUACAGCUAAGCAAAGCCCAAGAAGCGGUCGCUAAGCAUCAUUCGACGCAGGCCGCAGCAGCGGCAGCGAUAGCCGCAGCCGCCAGCACAGACAAAGCGCGGGAAUAGUCUUAUAGGAAAAACAGCUCUCACAAUUGGUUGGCAUUAUACUUUUUGGUUAACCCAACCAUUUAAAUCCCGAACACAAAACAUUUCAUUAACUAAAUUAAAAUAAAACCGGAAUAACCGACAAACAGUCAAACGGAUUUUGUUGGUAUGUGUUUUUAUAUUAAAAGCGCCAUUUUAAAUGCCAUUUCAUGUUAUGCACUUAAUCCAAUUGUUGAGGCGUGUAAAAACGUCACGUUAUCAAGUUAAACAAUGAUAAAAAUAAAAAAAAUAAAACAGAAUAACAAUAAUAAUAACCGACAUGGUAAUUAGUUAAUUUAUAAUUUAAUAAAAACUGCUCAUUUGUGAAUUCAAUUAAUGUUUAUAUGCGCGUGUCAAAGUGGAUUAAGGUCUAAUUUAAUAACUGACUAGUGAAAUUGUGGAAAAACUCAUCAUGUAUUUUAUAUAAAUUCAAUAAACGAAAGCAUUAUAAACAAUUA